AUGGUAGAUGAAGAAUUACAUUUUAAAACUAUUUUGAGGAGGAAGAAUGCUGCAAAAGCCAGAAUUUAUAGAAAGAGUGUUAUUGAUGACAAGAAAUCUAAGAGGUUGAAAACUGCUCUAAAAGAAAACCGUACAUUUGAUAAAAGACGCGGUAAUGACUCAACAGCUUUGAGGAUACCACUAUCCGAACUUUCGCCAAACAUACUAAAUAACGGUCGUGGUAUAGCCAACGUUGAAGUAAGUCGCCAACUUCAUUCGUCCUUAAAGACUAAGCCAAGUACCAAUAAUAAUAUCAUAUCAAAAAGGAUAUCAAGCAGAAACAUUACCAAAUUAGGAGUUAACUUAUCUAAGAGGUUUGACAAUACAUUUGCUGCAACAACAUCAAACCAAGAUCCAAUACCAGAAUUGCAACUCAAUGAGCUUUUUGCAUCUGAUAGUGGAGACGAUAAUAUGAAUGAUGAAUCUGACGGUUACAGUUCAGCAACAAAUUCAAGUUUUGAUGAAGAUGAAAUGUCUAAUGGAACAGAUGCUAUGGAAACUUUUGAAAUUACAUCAGGAGGGUAUUAUGAUAUAGGGGAUCCUGUCAUUGAAUGUCAAUAUUGUGGUGCAAAUAUGUGGUAUUCGGAAAGGAAAAACAAAUGUCGUCAUGCGUCCAAUCCUAAAUUUUCCAUGUGUUGUGGAUCAGGAAAAGUUCAGUUACCUUUGUUAAAACCCGCUCCUAAAGUUCUACAACAUCUGUUGUUUGACAACGAAUCAUGUGAAUCAAAAAAAUUCCAACAACAAAUUCGAAUGUACAACGUUAUGUUUGCAUUUACAUCUCCCGGUGCGAAAGUGGACAAUCGAUUUAACAACGGUAGAUGCCCUCCCAAUUUUCGUAUCCAAGGUCAAUCAUGUCACCGAAUAGGAAGCAUGUUACCGAUGCCAGGUCAAAAUCCACGAUUUACACAACUAUAUGUUUAUGACACUGAGAAUGAAAUUGAAAACAGAAUGCAUGGAUUCAUGUCAAAAAGUGGAGUUGAUGUUAAUAUUGUGAGAAAACUAUCUGAAAUGUUAUAUGAACAUAAUGUUCAUGCACAAUCAUUUCGCAUGGCAAGGGACAGACUUUGUGAAGAAGGUGUUUCUGAUUUAAAACUUCGUUUAAUAUCUGAACGAAGAAAUGAUGGAAGGAUAUAUAAUCAACCAACUGUAUCCGAAAUAGCUGCUUUAAUUGUUGGAGAUGUCGACACUGUAGAAAAAAGAGACAUUAUAGUGCAAAAACAAUGUGGCGAACUUCAAAGGAUAGAUGAGUAUCAUACCAGUUAUUUAGGAUAUCAGUACCCAUUAUUAUUUCCAUAUGGUGAGGAUGGAUAUAGACCUAAUGUGAGGCACCGUGAUAAAGGGACAAAUAUUCGCCACUUCACAGACAUAACACAGUCAGAACAGAAUAAUAAAGAUAUUCCUUGGGAAGAAGCAACAAAGCGAAGUCGACUUACAAUAAGAGAGUGGUUGGCCUUUAGAAUUCAAUCAAGAUCUAAUGAAGCACAAACAUUGUUGCGAUCAAGGAGACUUUAUCAACAAUUUUUGGUAGAUGGUUUUACAAUGAUGGAAUCAGAAAGACUUAGGUGGCUUCGAAAGAAUCAGUCAAAACUGAGGGUUGGCAAGUAUCACAAUUUGAAUGAAUAUAAUUCAAAUGGAGAAACGCAUGGGUCAAACACAGGUAAGAGGGUUGUGCUACCUUCUUCAUACGUUGGUAGUCGUAGAUAUAUGGAUCAACUAUACUUUGACGGAAUGGCAAUAUGCAGCUAUGUCGAAUUUCCAGAUCUUUUCAUUACAUUCACAUGUAACCCCAACUGGCCUGAAAUUCAGCGUUUGCUUGGUUCUGUUCAUCUAAAAGCAUCAGAUCGUCCUGACAUCAUUUCAAGAGUCUUUAAAAUGAAAUUUGAUGAGCUUUUGUCUGAUCUCACAAAGAAAAGUCUAUUGAGGAAAGUUCUUGCAUAUAUGUAUACAAUUGAGUUUCAAAAGAGAGGAUUACCACAUGCUCACAUCUUAAUUUUCCUCCAUCCAUCUAACAAAUAUCCAACUCCAAGUGAUAUUGAUCGCAUUAUUUCAGCUGAAAUACCUGACCAAGAUACCAAUGAAGAGUUGUAUAAUUUGGUUAAAACUCACAUGAUUCAUGGCUCGUGUGGAUUUGCAAAUCGAUCUUCACCGUGCAUGAAAGAUGGAAAAUGUUCUAAAUAUUUUCCAAAACAGUUUCAGCCCGAAACAAUUGUUGAUCAAGAUGGGUUUCCGGUAUAUAGAAGAAGGGACAAUGGACAUACAGUUCUUAAGAAUGGAAUUCAAGUCGAUAACCGGAAUGUUGUUCCAUACAAUGCAAAGUUGUUGACAAAGUACCAAGCUCACAUAAACAUGGAAUGGUGCAAUCAAAGUACAUCGAUUAAGUACUUAUUCAAGUACAUCAACAAAGGUUACGACAGAAUCACCGCUGCCAUUGUACCGAAUGAUGAUGGAACUUCCAACCAGCCGCAGAAUAUUGAUGAGAUCAAACAGUAUAUUGAUUGUAGAAUUUUUUUUAUUCCUAUUCCAAAUGAUUUCUUAAUUUCUAACUAUGAUGAUCCACUAGAAGCCAUUGUUAGUGAAACAUAUCCGAAUUUUCUUAACAAUUACAAGAAUCCAGAAUUUUUGCAAUCAAGAGCUAUAUUGGCAGGAACAAUUGAAACGGUUGACAUCAUAAAUCAAUACGUUUUGGGAUUCAUACCAGGAAAUGAAGCUUUUGAUGUUUUGACCCCGGAAUUUUUGAAUACACUUACAACUUCCGGUCUACCUAACCACAAGAUUAAAUUGAAGAUUGGGACCCCUAUUAUGUUGCUUCGAAACAUUGAUCAACCUGAAGGUCUCUGCAAUGGAACAAGGCUUAUAGUUACAAGAUUGACAAACCACGUUAUCGAGACAAAGAUUAUAUCUGGAAAGAAUAUUGGAGGGGUUAUCUAUAUUCCAAGAAUGGAUAUGACUCCAACACAAUCUCCGUGGCCAUUCAAAAUGACUAGAAGGCAAUUUCCCAUAACUAUAUGUUAUGCUAUGACAAUUAACAAAUCUCAAGGUCAGUCAUUGGAUUAUGUUGGAUUGUAUUUGCCUAGAAGUGUAUUUAGUCAUGGUCAACUAUAUGUUGCAAUAUCAAGGGUCAAAAGCAAAAAAGAGCUUAAGAUAUUAAUCCAUGACAAGGAUAACCAUCUAUUGAAUUCUACAACAAACGUCGUGUUCAAAGAAGUUUUUGAAAACUUAUAG